CCCAGCCUCACUUCGAUACAACAUAACAAUUCUGUAUAGGUCAACACUAUUUACAGCAUGGAUCUAGCUGCUCGAGGCGCCGCGGCUGUCGAGUCUAAAGACUUCGCCCUGGCUGUUUCGCUCUAUACCCGGGCGCUCAUCGACCACCCUCACUCUCCGGAUUACUUCAAUCAACGGUCGCUCGCAUUCGCGCGUCUCUCGCCGCCCCGCCAUGACCUCGCUCUUAAGGAUGCGGAAUAUGCUGUCGUCCUUGCCCAGAAACGUGCAAAGCGGGAGAAAAUUCAGGCCGCGCAACAGCGACGAGUUGUGGCUCUUCACGGGCUUGGACGGUAUGCAGAUGCCAAGGCGGUUUUGCAGAUAAUGGCGAAAUGGAGAUCGAGUAAACCUGAGAAGAUGGAGGGUGACAUGUGGCUGGCGAGGGUGGAAGGAAAACUGAAAGAUGCUCCAGAGUCGGAGAGAGUGUCGUCGGAGAAGGAAUAUCCAGAGAUUGACCUGCCAAGCGAGGCACAAAUGAAGGAGUGGCUCAAAACACAACUAAAGGCAGAUGGGUCAUAUAAGUUUGGGCAAGAGGAAGAUGUCAAGACGACCACUACCGACGCAGCAGCUGCGACAACUGGUACUACCAAGCCCGCCGGAGAUGGGACCACGACAGGACCAAGUCCAUCCAUCGCUGCGCCCGCAUCAGCCCCGUUUAAGAUCCGACACGAAUGGUACCAAUCUCCGCAAGCAGUGACUCUGACACUCUACGCAAAGAAUGUCCCCAAAGAGGCUUGCGAUGUCGAUAUCCAGGAUGACUCUGUCUCCGUCUCGUUCCCUCAUCCCUCGAACCCAUCCUCCACAUUCACAUUCACCCUCGACCCGCUCUUCGCUCUCAUCGAUCCAUCCCAGAGCAGAUCUGCCGUCCUCUCCACGAAGAUCGAGUUAACGCUGCGGAAAGCGCAGGCAGGGAAGUGGCAUGACCUGGAAGGUCUUGCGCCUCUGAAGGCACCGGCAUCAAAAGCAAGCACUGAAAAAGACCAAGAGAAUGUUGGGCCGAUAUCAAUGUCUACUCUCACCAACUCUUCCCCAUCGGCCACGACUGUGACGCAACCAGCCAUCGCGAAAGAGAAUCCACCUUCCUACCCAACCUCCUCUCGUAAUGGCCCCAAGAACUGGGAUAAACUCGCCAACGAGCUCCACGCGCAAUCCAAACCCACAACUAAAGCCAAAUCCAAAGGGAAGACCAAAGCAAAGCCAGAUGACGCCUCCAAAGACUACCAGUCCAGCCCUGACACAUCCGAUGUAGACGAAGCCGGGGACUACGACUCAGACUUCGAGCGCGGCGACCCUGUCGAUGGAUUCUUCAAGAAACUCUACGCCUCGGCGGACGAAGACACGCGUAGAGCGAUGAUGAAGAGCUUCUAUGAGAGCAAUGGCACCGCCUUGAGCACGAAUUGGAAGGAGGUUGGGGCGAAGAAGGUCGAGGAGGUUAAGAGUUCCCACGACUGAGGAAAAUAGGAGCUUGGAGGUGGCACGAUGUAACGAUUGCAGAAUUCCGGCUGCGGCAGAUGCCGUGAGGUGAAGGAGAGGAUGCGAGGUCCCGGGAAAGGUAUUUGCAAACUGGGUGAAGGGUAUUCCUAGCAUGCAUGCACAGGAGUUCUUGGGACACGGCUGUGCGGGUUGAAUGGACGAUGGAAUGAAAUUUACUCUGUACCAAUAAAAGCACCAGCAACAAUCAGUUCCCGAAGAGGAAUGAGAAUGAAAAUGAGAAUGAUAAUUACCUCGAUGAAUAAGAAGCAGGAGAAUGCAUCGCCG